GGCGCGUGCGCAGUGGUGCGCGGCCGUGGGUUUCCCUCAGGCCGGUCCUCAUCAUCAUGGCGGAGCCCCGCGACAAGGCGCUGCAGGACUAUCGGAAGAAGCUGCUGGAGCACAAGGAGAUCGACGGGCGCCUCAAAGAGCUAAGGGAACAGCUGAAGGAGCUCACCAAGCAGUAUGAGAAAUCUGAAAAUGACCUUAAGGCUCUGCAAAGUGUUGGGCAGAUUGUUGGUGAGGUCCUUAAACAGUUAACGGAAGAGAAAUUCAUCGUCAAAGCAACCAAUGGACCAAGAUACGUCGUCGGCUGCCGUCGUCAGCUUGAUAAAAGUAAACUGAAGCCCGGGACGAGAGUGGCCCUGGACAUGACCACCCUGACGAUUAUGAGGUAUUUGCCAAGAGAAGUCGAUCCACUGGUUUACAACAUGUCGCACGAAGAUCCCGGGGAUGUGUCUUACUCUGAGAUUGGCGGCUUGUCAGAACAAAUCAGGGAACUCAGAGAGGUCAUAGAGUUGCCGCUGACCAACCCAGAAUUAUUCCAGCGUGUGGGAAUCAUACCUCCCAAAGGAUGCCUGCUGUAUGGGCCACCAGGUACCGGGAAAACCCUCUUGGCCCGAGCCGUUGCCAGUCAACUGGACUGCAAUUUCUUAAAGGUCGUGUCUAGUUCAAUUGUAGACAAAUACAUUGGCGAGAGCGCCCGGCUGAUCAGAGAGAUGUUUAACUAUGCCAGAGAUCACCAGCCCUGCAUCAUCUUUAUGGACGAAAUUGACGCGAUUGGUGGUCGUCGGUUUUCAGAGGGCACUUCAGCUGACAGAGAAAUUCAAAGAACACUAAUGGAGUUAUUAAAUCAAAUGGAUGGGUUCGACACCCUGCACAGAGUGAAGAUGAUCAUGGCUACCAAUAGACCAGACACGCUGGAUCCAGCCUUGCUCCGUCCCGGAAGGCUGGACAGGAAAAUUCAUAUUGAUUUGCCGAAUGAACAAGCCAGGUUAGACAUCCUGAAGAUUCACGCUGGACCUAUAACGAAACACGGAGAAAUCGAUUAUGAAGCAAUUGUGAAGCUUUCAGACGGCUUUAAUGGGGCAGACCUGAGAAAUGUCUGUACUGAAGCCGGCAUGUUUGCCAUCCGCGCCGAUCACGACUUUGUCGUUCAGGAAGACUUCAUGAAAGCCGUUCGGAAAGUUGCAGAUUCUAAGAAGCUGGAGUCGAAGUUGGAUUACAAACCUGUCUAAGAGGAACCCGAGUGGUUCACAGCUGGAGUGAGAAUGCAUGGGGAAAUAGGGGGCUUUGUUGAUUAAAAGAGAAACGGUAUCCCUCGAAUGUGUGAUUAUUCCAAGUGUCUGUAGCCAGCGGUCAGUGUCAGUGAAGUAUCUGUGCUACAGGAAAGCAUCUGGAUUUUCAAACCAACAUCGUCUCCAUUACCAUCCCACUGAAGUGGUGUUUCUUACCACAUCUCUUUUUUUUCUUUUCCUUAACCCGUGAAAUAAACUUUGUUUAAAUCCAUUCUC